GGAAGGGAAGAGGGAGGAGGAGGAGGUUGCGGCGGGUUUGAAAGCGGCAGUUUCCUGGCAGCCUGGGCCAGGCGUCGGUCUCCGCGCUCCGGCUCCGCAGCAGCCCGGGUCGAUCCGGCGACGGCUCUACUUCUGCGCGCCCCCGACGGAUUUUUUCCCGUUCCGGCUCUUCCCCCCUCGCCUCCCCGCCCCCCUGCCUCAGCCUUUCCCGCCGCUCGGGCGCAGAGCCCGGGGGCCAGCCGUCGGCAGUGACCCCGCCCGAAACCCCUUCUGGAAUCGCCCGAGGACAAUUCCCUUUUCCUUUCUUCAGCCGAACCCGCGGUGGCCCUCGCGGAGCCCGCUCAGCCCCAGAGAGCGCAGCCGGGAGGGACGUCUGAGGGGCGUCUCGGGGCUCGGAGGGGCCGGCGCCCGGCGGGCUGAGGUGGUGGUGGUGGGGGUGCCAGAGCGGCGAGCCCCCCCUGGCCGGGCUCCGCGGGCCGCCCGGGGCCCCCCGGCUGAGAGGGGGCGGGAGCGGCGCCCCGGCCGCCCGCGCGGGGUCUCCCCCAUGGUGCAGCGGGGUUCGGGAUGUCGAAGACGCUGAAGAAGAAGAAGCACUGGCUCAGCAAGGUGCAGGAGUGUGCGGUGUCCUGGGCCGGGCCCCCGGGCGACUUGGGCGCCGAGAUCCGGGGCGGCGCGGAGCGCGGCGAGUUCCCCUACCUGGGGCGGCUCCGCGAGGAGCCCGGCGGGGGCACCUGCUGCGUGGUGUCAGGCAAGGCGCCCAGCCCGGGGGAUGUGCUGCUGGAGGUGAACGGGACGCCCGUCAGCGGGCUCACCAACCGGGACACCCUGGCUGUCAUCCGCCACUUCCGCGAGCCCAUCCGUCUCAAGACCGUGAAGCCAGGCAAAGUUAUUAAUAAAGAUUUGCGACAUUACCUGAGUCUUCAGUUUCAAAAAGGAUCAAUUGACCACAAACUGCAGCAAGUGAUCAGAGAUAAUCUCUACUUGAGAACCAUUCCAUGCACUACAAGGGCCCCCAGGGAUGGGGAAGUACCAGGGGUGGACUAUAAUUUCAUUUCUGUUGAACAGUUCAAAGCACUGGAAGAGAGUGGAGCGCUGUUAGAAAGUGGAACAUAUGAUGGAAAUUUCUAUGGAACGCCCAAGCCUCCAGCGGAACCCAGCCCUUUCCAGCCAGAUCCGGUUGAUCAGGUUCUCUUUGAUAAUGAGUUCGACACAGAAUCACAAAGAAAACGAACUACAUCUGUCAGCAAGAUGGAACGGAUGGACAGCUCUCUUCCUGAAGAGGAAGAAGAUGAGGACAAGGAAGCUGUUAAUGGCAGUGGAAAUGCAGAAAACAAAGAAAGACAUUCAGAGUCAUCUGACUGGAUGAAGACGGUACCAAGUUACAACCAAACAAAUAGCUCUCUGGACUUUAGAAAUUAUAUGAUGAGAGAUGAGAAUUUGGAACCACUGCCCAAAAACUGGGAAAUGGCCUACACUGACACGGGGAUGAUCUACUUCAUUGACCACAAUACCAAGACAACCACCUGGUUGGAUCCUCGACUUUGUAAGAAAGCCAAAGCCCCUGAAGACUGUGAAGAUGGAGAGCUUCCUUAUGGCUGGGAGAAAAUAGAGGACCCUCAGUAUGGGACAUACUAUGUUGAUCACCUUAACCAGAAAACCCAGUUUGAAAAUCCAGUGGAGGAAGCCAAAAGGAAAAAGCAGGCAGGACAGGCUGAAAUUGGAUCUUCAAAAUCAGAUGUGGAAAAAUCACACUUCACACGAGACCCAUCCCAACUUAAAGGUGUCCUUGUUCGAGCAUCACUGAAAAAAAGCACAAUGGGAUUUGGUUUUACCAUUAUUGGUGGAGAUAGACCUGAUGAGUUCCUACAAGUUAAAAAUGUGUUGAAAGAUGGUCCUGCAGCUCAGGAUGGGAAGAUUGCACCAGGUGAUGUUAUUGUGGACAUCAAUGGCAGCUGUGUCCUGGGUCACACCCAUGCAGAUGUCGUCCAUAUGUUUCAAUUGGUACCUGUCAAUCAAUAUGUAAAACUCACUUUAUGUCGUGGUUAUCCACUUCCUGAUGACAGUGAAGAUCCUGUUGUGGACAUUGUUGCUGCUACCCCUGUCAUCAAUGGACAGUCAUUAACCAAGGGAGAGACUUGCAUGAAUACUCAGGAUUUUAAGCCAGGAACAGUGGUUCUGGACCAAAAUGGAAAAUCGGGACAUACCUUGACCAGUGAUCGUCUCAAUGGACCAUCAGAUCCAAGUGAGCAGAGAGCAUCCAUGGCUUCAUCAGGCAGUUCCCAGCCUGAACUAGUGACUAUUCCUUUGAUGAAGGGCCCUAAAGGCUUUGGGUUUGCAAUAGCUGAUAGCCCUACUGGGCAGAAGGUGAAAAUGAUAUUGGAUAGCCAGUGGUGUCAAGGCCUUCAGAAAGGGGAUAUAAUUAAGGAAAUUUAUCAUCAAAAUGUACAGAAUUUGACACAUCUCCAGGUGGUAGAAGUAUUAAAGCAGUUUCCAGUAGGUGCAGAUGUACCAUUGCUUAUCCUAAGAGGAGGUCCUCCAUCACCAACUAAAACUGCCAAAAUGAAAACAGAUAAAAAGGAAAAUUCAGGAAGUCUGGAGGCCAUAAAUGAGCCCAUUCCCCAGCCUAUGCCUUUUCCACCCAGCAUUAUCAGGUCAGGAUCCCCGAAAUUGGAUCCCUCUGAAGUCUACCUGAAAUCUAAAACUUUAUAUGAAGAUAAACCACCAAACACCAAAGAUUUGGAUGUCUUUCUUCGGAAACAGGAAUCAGGGUUUGGCUUCAGGGUGCUAGGAGGAGAUGGCCCCGACCAAUCUAUAUAUAUCGGAGCCAUUAUUCCUCUGGGAGCAGCUGAGAAAGAUGGUCGACUGCGUGCAGCUGAUGAGCUGAUGUGCAUUGACGGAAUUCCUGUUAAAGGGAAGUCACACAAGCAAGUCUUGGACCUAAUGACGACUGCUGCUCGCAAUGGCCAUGUGUUGUUAACUGUCAGAAGGAAGAUCUUCUUUGGAGAGAAACAGUCUGAGGAUGACAGCUCUCAAGCCUUCCUCUCAGCACAGAAUGGAUCUCCUCGCCUGAACAGGGCAGACCUUGUCCCAGCCAGGCCUGCUCCCCAAGAUGCCUAUGAUGUCGUCUUGCAAAGAAAAGAAAAUGAAGGAUUUGGCUUUGUCAUCCUCACCUCCAAAAACAAACCCCCUCCAGGAGUUAUUCCUCAUAAAAUUGGCCGAGUCAUAGAAGGAAGCCCAGCUGAUCACUGUGGAAAGCUGAAAGUUGGAGAUCAUAUCUCUGCAGUGAAUGGGCAGUCCAUUAUUGAACUGUCCCAUGAUAACAUUGUUCAGCUGAUCAAAGAUGCCGGUGUCACUGUCACACUCACGGUCAUUGCCGAAGAAGAACAUCACGGUCCACCAUCAGGAACAAACUCAGCCCGGCAGAGCCCAGCACUGCAACACAGGCCCAUGGGACAGUCACAGGCCAACCACACACCUGGGGACAGAAGUGCCCUGGAAGGUGAAGUGGGAAAAGAUGUCUCCACUCCCUAUAGACAUUCCUGGUCUGACCACAAGCACCUCACCCCACCUGAUACCGCCGUGAUCUCCGUCGUGGGCAGUCGGCACAAUCAGAGCCUUGGUUGUUACCCAGUAGAGCUGGAGAGAGGGCCCCGGGGCUUUGGAUUCAGCCUCCGAGGGGGCAAGGAGUACAACAUGGGGCUGUUCAUCCUUCGUCUUGCUGAGGACGGCCCCGCCAUCAAAGACGGCAGAAUCCACGUUGGUGACCAGAUUGUUGAAAUCAAUGGGGAGCCCACACAAGGCAUCACACAUACUCGAGCAAUUGAGCUCAUUCAGGCUGGUGGAAAUAAAGUUCUUCUUCUCUUGAGGCCAGGAGCUGGCUUGAUACCUGACCACGGUGAUUGGGAUAUUAAUAAUCCUUCAUCUUCAAAUGUGAUUUAUGAUGAACAGUCACCAUUUUCCCCAUCUUCACAUUCUGCUUCCGUAUUUGAAGAGUCCCAGAUGCCAGUAACUGAAGAAUGCUUAAAGAGAGUGCAGAUAGGUAGAAAGGCAGAAGAAUUCAAGGACGCUGCUCCUGAAAAGAAAGGCACUUCAGAUGAAAAUCAGUCUGAGACCAAGCAUCAGUCCCUUCAAACAAAUGUGAAUAAGAGGGACCAACCCAACUGUCAUGGGCACAGUGACAAGAAAAAUCUAUUAAAAAUAGAAAAUGGUGUUCCACCAAGAGGUAGAUCUACUAGUCCCAAAAAGUCAACCAAUCCACAUUCAGAGGAACAUCUGGAAAAAAGUGCCGGCCCUCGAAAAAAUGACCCCCCAAGACGACCCAGGGAUCGGUCGCUGAGCCCCAGGAAAGGGGAGAACAGAAGUUCCCAGCUCCGCACCAGGACAGGCCCUGGACAAGAGCCCUGCCCACCAAGCAGCCCGAGGAAGCAGCAGAAGGCGGAGGGAAGCCAAGACCAGCCCCACGCCGAAGCCGAGUUCCCAGAGGGCGCCGCUGAGCACGGCCCCGCAGGGAGGGGAAAGGCAGGGGUCGUCAGGAAGGAUGCGAGUGCGAGGCCGGGCAAGAGCAGAGCCAGAUCUCCGGAGAAAAGAUGCAAGCGGGUGGAUGAAAAGGCUCUGCCAUCCAAAAAGACGAACACCACUAGCAGAGCCCUGCCUGAAGAUGGAAAAGGGAAGACGGCACGCAGAGAAGCAAGUUCUAGUCAAGACCAAACAGCGGAAAGUGCCCACGUGUCAGAAAAGCCGCCAAGGCAGGAGCCUGCCUCCCACAGAGGGAGGGACCUGGAGGCGGCUGACGGGAGGAGUGCAAGCGGCUCUCCGGUUAAAAAACCCCCCAUAACUCCCGGGCCCUGGAAGGUGCCCAGUGCAAAUAAAGUCCCAAGCACGAGUGACUUGCAGACUGAGAAACGGGUGUGACCUUCAGUAGCAAACAAACAAGUUGUAAUUUUUCUUAACUAAAAAGCAUUUUUCCCCAAAAUAAUACUUUUUUGCAACAAUUCCUGAACAUUUUAAUUCGAGCAUCAAAUGACCGAGGCUGCAUGAAGGGCCUUUAGGAUCGCUGAGAACCCGUGUGCCCCCAGCUGAGUGCCCUCCCUCCCACUCAGGAAGGCGCUGCGUCCGCCCGCAGGCUGCUCGGCUCCUCUUCCCGAGGGUCUGAACAAGUAACUUCUGUUGAUCCUAGCAGGGUGUUCAUCACACACUUCGUAUCUGUGCCAAGUUAUCUACUGGAUCAUGUCAGCUUCACCCUCCUCAUCCAGAUAUCUCCAGUCAUGAAAAAGUGAGGUUUGCCUUGAAAGUUGAUGUUCUCAAUAGCAUGCUGCAUGUUUACGGAGAGAAAUAUUUGAAUCCUUGCAGAAAAGAUUAAAUCACCAUUAAAUCAAGAUGGUAGUUGCCUCUUCUAACAGCUACUGAUGUCCCAGUUUAAAAAUAAAACUCGAAAUUUCACUCCUUUAAAGAAAAUAUAUACAACCAAAUAUUGACACUUUCAUAUGGCUUGUAUGUUCGUUUGGCUGUUAAAGAUUACUUACGAUCCGAAACAGCAGAGUUCAGCUCGUGCUGUGGCUCCAGCCCUGGCGUGGUGAUCUCAGGUCCCCUCUUCCUGCUGCAGUAAUUUCAUCAUGGAGCCACGGAGCAGCGUGUGGAAAUACUGCUCAUUGCUCUUCGAAGAAAAACUACCGACCGUCUGUUCCUGGAUGUCUUCGUUGUACCUACUACUAACGUCGUUAGUCCUGAUACAUACAUACCUGAGGAGUCAGAUCGGUAGAGAGUGUCUCAGGGGCCUGAUCAGAAAGCCUGUUUCACAGUCCUUUGCCAGCCGAAGCAUCAGCUCUGGCAGUACAUGUCCACGCCAGGUGUGGAGCAGCAGACCCUGGCUAAGACCGACCCAGCAAGGAAGGACAAACGUGGCAGACAGUCCUCGCUGCACUGUAUUUUAUUUUUAAUCUACAUUAACUUCCUUAUUUAGAAAUAAGAGACUUAACAUGUGCUUAGCUUUUACAAAUUUUCAGAGUCCUCUUGAAUUCUAAUUAAAGAUAUUUGUUGAAAGAGGAAGUUUUAAACUCCGUAAAACAGCGGGCUUCUCAGUCCCAUGAAACAGCACUCAGUAGCAUUGUCAAAAAAGGCACAUUCUCAGAAUCAAAUUAUUUUCUAGAAUAUUUGCACACACUUGUGCUGUCACCCAAGUUCAUCUUGUGAAACAACACAUCAGGUCCUUCCCUCUGCCAGUCUGACUGUGAAACUCUCGCACGUGACAACUGUAUCAGCCCUGGAGAUAAGACGCACUUCCCAGAGGGAGUUGUGAAACCCCAUUUUCAUCCAGAACUAUAUUUAGUCACCCAUUGUUAACUACUUGAAUAGAGCAAAACUAGGAGGCGUGGUAAAUGCCAAGAAUUUAGUACCACAGAAAUUUAUUUUCCCUAUAGCUCACAAUUAGUGAUACAAAUCCUAUUUUUAUCGUUAACUGUGACAUAACUUUGAUGUCAUAUGUUGUCAGUCUGAUGUGGCUCUUCCUAAGUAACCUGUCACUGUACUGAUUAUAUACUGAUUUAGCGAUGUGGCCUUGGAAUGUCUAGAAAAAUAUGGAUGUACUGGUUGUAAAUGUUUAUAUAUUGUACAGUCCCUUUAUAUAUACACUGAGGUUCUGAUUAGAGAAAGAGAUCUGUAAAUCGCUCGUUAUUUUUUAUAUAGAUAUUAAAAAAAGAAAAAGCAAAAAGUAA